CUCACAGAGGAGUCGAAGGAAAGUCCAAUGGAGAAAAUGUGUUGUGCCUUCAAGACAUUACUGUACAGCUGACAGUGCUUUUGCUGGAAACUUUAAUGUUUUUACUAGGAUUCAGAUUAAAAGUCAUCAGUUUUUCCCCUCUUGCCAACUAUUUAUCCAUUCACCAAUUUUAUUUCCUAAGGAUUGAUAUAUCAGGUACUAUGUUAUUUAACUAUAAUCUGAUUUAGAUUUGAAGCUUAUGUGGCAAAUAUUCAUGCUAGAAAACUUUGGAUUGUAAGAUGAUAAGUGAUCUUAACUUUAUUUUUGUUGAUUUUUAGUGUAAUGGCCAUAGUUCACUCUAUGAUAAAGGAAGGCUGCAAAUACAGAAAAACUUCAGUAUGCAUGAUUGUUUGAGCAUAAAAGAAAAAACAUCAGUAAGAUGGCCAAGGAUAGAAAGAUGGGGAAAGAAGGAAAGAUGGGGAGGGUGAUGAACAAAAGCUGAGGAAGAGAAUUCCAUGGAGAUACAUGGAAAAGGGUGGAGCUAGCACCACUGACUUAAGAGCUGAGUGACAGCCCAAAGGAUAUAAAAGCCUGGUUGGGCAAGAUAGGGAAAGCAGCCUGAACCCUAGGGAAGGCACACAGGUACAGCUUAGGAGGGGACAGCAGAAGCCAUUUCCAAAGGCUGUAAUACCCAGAGAAGCAGACACCAGGUCCAGGAUGUUGCACCUCUUCUCUUUCCACCUCUUAGGAGUUUGGCUGCUGCUGCUGAGCCCCACUUCUGGAGUGGUACCUUCUGGAUGGUUGGAUGAAGUUAUUAAGCUAUGUGGCCGAGAAUUAGUCCGUGCCCAGAUAGACAUUUGCGGCAAGCUCUCUUUGAGAGCCAUGGCUUUGGCCCAGGAGGAAGAGAGCCUUCGGGGAUCUGGACCAUCCACAGAAACCAUGCUAUCCUCUAUCAACAGAGAUGCAGACUCCCAAAAUAUGUUGGAAUUCAUUCAUAAUUUGCCACAAGAGUUGAAGGCAGCACUGUCCAAGAGCCAGCCAUCAUUACCACAGCUACAACAAUAUGUACCUGCAUUAAAGCGUUCAAAUGUUGGAUUUCAAGAGCUUAAGAAAACUAUUCAUAACAGACAAUAUGAAGCAGAAGAUGAUAGUCAUUCUGUAUUAAAAUACUUAGGGUUGAAUACUCAUUCACCAAAAAAAAGACAGUUUGAUACGUCAAUGAGUGAGAAAUGUUGCCAAGUUGGUUGUACCAGAAGAUCUAUUGCUAAAUCAUGCUGAGAUGAAGUUAAUGGUGUAUAUCUCAUCAAAUUUCCACAUAUAUUCUUGAUGAUAUUUCUCUGACGCUUCUUUCUGGUUCCCUUGAUUACUGGAC